AUGGAGAAACAGAGCCUUCCGGCAGGCGUUCACGAUGAACAGAUCAUUGAUAAAGAGGCUUCAUCACCGCCUGCCGCGGACCACCCCGAACUUGACCUCGAGCUAUUGAACGACAGAGCCCGCAACCGCAGCAUUGUCCGCCGCGCAGACUUGCGUAUUCUUCCUCUGUGCGCGUGGAUCUACCUAUUAAACUACCUCGACAGGGGGAACAUCGGCAAUGCAAAGGUACUCAAUGCUGAAACCAAGGACGACAUGCUCUCGCACACCGGCAUGGAUGCCACAGAUUACGCCGUUGCCGUAUCGCUCUUUAGCUUGGCGUAUGGCUUGUUCGAGGUUCCCAGCAACUGGAUAAUGAAAAAAUAUGUGAAGCCGAGUUUAUGGCUCGGCUUCCUGCUCUUUGCUUGGGGAGUUACGACCAUUGGCUUUGCCGGCGUGCAGAACUAUGCAACAGUCGUCGUGCUGCGCUUUAUGAUCGGUGCUUUCGAGGCAGGCUUUUUUCCAGGUAUCGUCUACUUCAUCACCUUUUGGUAUAGACAGGAAGAGCGUUCGCUGCGCAUCGCAUUCGUAGUUGCGCAUGCAAACCUCGCCGGCGCGUUUGGGGGAAGUAUUGGUUAUGGUAUGGGAAAGCUGAACGGUGUGAGCGGGUUGGAGGGUUUCCGAUGGUUAUUCAUCAUCGAAGGCCUGAUCACUGCCGUUUGCACCGUCUUGGUUGUCUUCUUCCUGCCCGACUACCCCUCUACCGCGCGCUGGCUGUCCGACGAGGACAAGAAGUUCGCCGAAGACCGGCUCAAGAUCGAUGGGGGCGGUCACACCAAGGAGAAGUCUAGCAAAGAGGCAGUCAAGCAGACCUGCCUUAGCCCCAGAAUGCUGGCGCAUUACUUUACCUACAUCAUCGACUGCAUACCCCUCGGGUCGUUCACCUUCUUCACCCCAACCAUCGUCACAGGCCUGGGCUAUUCCUCGAUUGAAGCCCAACUCCUCGUCAUCCCACCCUGGAUUGUCGGCUACAUCUGCGCCCUGUUGGUGAGCUAUUCAGCCGAUCACUUCAACGCACGAGGCUUGCAUAUCGCCUUCAAUUCUAUCGUCGGUGGCUGCGGCUGGCUUGCGGCCGGACUCUUACCGCACGACGCCUAUGGCGCCCGCUACGCCUGCCUCUGCGUCGCCGCCGUGGGCGCCUUCCCCGUCUCAGCCCCCCUGAGUGCGUGGGUCACGUGCAACGUACCGAGCGUCACAACCAUGGCUAUCGCCACAGCGCUGAACAACAGCUGUGCUGGCUUGAGCCAGAUCAUCGCGCAGUGGAUAUGGCGUGCGGACGAGAGUAGCCGGGGGUAUCCGACGGGGAACUUCGUGUGCGCGGCUUGCAGUUUUGGCGUGGCGGCGAUGGCAUUGGGGUUGAGGGUCGUGUAUGGGAGGAUGAACAAGGCUGGGACGAAAGAUGCGGAGGGCAAAGUGAGGCGGUGGGCACUGUAG